AUGAAGCUCGGCGAAGAACAAAGGACUAUGUCUUUGUUUACGUUUUUAAAGGUCACGUGACAAUGACCGUGCACACAUUUUCAAGAUGGCGUCGCUUGCCUGUGCGCGUGUUCUCGAACGGUGAAAGCUUAAAGUUAAUUUAGAGCGUAUUGGAAAAGAUUUAUUGGUCACACAGGUGUUGAACAGUUAGAGAAGUAGUUUGUGUUUGUGUAUUGCGAAAUGCCUGGCGAUAACUGUGCGGUUUUCGGCUGUGGCUCGUGUAGAAGGACGAAAGGAAUCGGGAUUUGGAAGCUGCCUUUCCCGAGAAACGACGAGUACAAGAAGUGGAGACUGGAGUGGCUAAAUGAGAUAAAGAAGACUCGUGAAGUUGAUAGCGAUUUCCAGAAACAGAUUGAUGGUGACAGAGUUUAUACAUGCGAGAAGCACUUCGCUCCUGAGGACAUAGAGAUAUUUCAAACGGCGAAAAUGACAAAGAAGAAACCAAUGUUUGGGGCUCUACCUGUUCGGAACAUGCCAAAGAGAAGCCACGAAACGGACAAGACGACUCGAAGGCCGCCAAAAGUUGUAGUGACUGUCGAGGAGACUACUAGUUGUUCCAGAUACUACAAGAAUUUUAGAGACCUGUGUAAACGUGUCAAGUCCCUCAAAACUCUCAGUGAGUGGACUCAACAAGAACUCGAGGACAGGAUUGUCUUAAAGAAAAUUCUGCCUUCGUUACAGAUUCCAGAGCUCGAAAUAGUAAUCGAUGACAGCCUCGGUUUUACUAUUCUUGUUUACGGAUGGCUACUACCUGAAGACCAUGAACUUUACACUAAAAACUUUAGGUCCAUAAACAACAUUACAGCAUCGGACCUUGUGAAACAUGUGGAACGUUGUUUGAUUUGCCCUGGAGUAGAGACGAAUGUAUUUACUGGAAAUGUGUUGCCCCAUAUAAUUCCCAGGGUUGUGGAUCCCUUGUCCAUUGACAGAGAAGACAACAACUUGGAUUCGUUUCCAAGCAAGCAAUACUGGAGGUCUCGUGGUUGUUCUGUUCUGUGUCAUGCUGAUGAGCAGUAUUGCAGCAGCUGUUCGCAAUAUCUCCAUGCUAGUGACCUAUCAAAGAAAGCAAAGCAACGAAAGCUAGCAGAACCUGCACACAUCAAGGCUCCAGUGUCGAAAACUGCACCAGAGCGUAUUAAACUGACCCUGCAGAAUCAGAGGCUAAGAUGUGCAGAUCUUGAACGGCAACUGGACGAAAUGAGAACUGAACUUACUAAAUCAAGUGUAGAGGUUGACCCUGAGUUGAGUGAUGAUUUUGCCACUAUUCUUGGGAAAUCAGAUGUUACUCCUUUUAUGAAUCUCUUUUGGCAACAACAGAAGAAAUUGUUUUCGAGCAGCCCUACUGGUGUGAGGUAUCAUCCGAUGAUAAUCCGCUACUGUUUAUCUCUUGCUGCAAAGUCGCCAUCCUGCUACGAAGAACUACGCAGAAGUAAAAUCCUCGUUCUACCGAGCCAGCGUACCCUCAAGGACUACCGCAACUGUAUCAGACCUACAAGGGGAUUUAAUGAGAAUGUGAUCGAGGAGCUGAAAGGCCAGACAGACUCCUACUUUGAUGUUCAGCGGUAUGUUGUGUUGUUAUUUGACGAAAUGAAGGUCAUGUCCAAUCUAGUGUUCGACAAAGUUACAGGAGAACUCAUCGGUUAUGUUGACCUUGGCGACCCAGAUGUUAACUUUGGAUUGUUAAAGAAAGUUGAUGAGCUUGCAACACAUGCUCUGGCUUUCCUCAUCAGAGGGGUCUGCACACAGUUGAAGUUCAACCUUGCAUACUUUGCUACUAAUGGUGUUACAGCUGACCAGUUGAUGCCACUCUUCUGGGAAGCUGUAGGCAUACUGGAGAUGACAUGUAACCUGUGGGUGAUUGGCACAACUUCUGAUGGCGCAUCUCCUAACAGAAGGUUCUAUAGAAUGCAUGAAGAUCUGGAUGGCAAUGCUGGGAAAGAUGUUUGCUACCGUACGACCAACUUGUAUGCUCCGCACAGAUACAUCUAUUUCUUCUCAGAUGCUCCUCAUCUCAUGAAGACCACAAGAAAUUGUCUACACCAUUCUGGUUCUGGAAAAUGUUCUAGGUAUAUGUGGAAUGAUGGCCUAUAUGUUUUAUGGCAGCACAUAGCACAACUGUACUACCAAGAUGCAGAGAAUGGGUUGAAGCUUUUACCCAAGAUCACCUACGAGCACAUCAAACUCAGCUCCUACUCUUGCAUGCGAGUCAAUUUGGCUGCUCAGGUUCUAAGCGCAACAGUGGCAGCAGUGAUGACGGCCUACAGCACCCCUGAUACAGCGGCGACUGCAAGAUUGUGUAAGAUGAUGGAUCAAUUCUUCGAUUGCCUUAAUGUUCGCAGUACUACCGAGCAUCUGAGAAAGAGAAAGCCACUCCUUGCACCAUACACAUCCAUUGAUGACCCAAGAUUUCUGUGGCUUGAGGGAGAUUUCCUUGAUUAUCUAAGUGCCUGGAAGGAGAGCACAAAAGACAGACCGGGGAACUUCACACAGAAUGCAAGAAGCAGGAUGUUCUUAUCAUGGCAGACGCACGAAGGCCUUAAGAUAACCACCCAUUCAGUUGUUGAAGCAACAAGGUUUCUGUUGAACGAAGGCAUGGACUUUGUGCUAACUGAAAGGUUCUGCCAGGAUCCUGCAGAGGAGUAUUUUGGCAACCAAAGAAAGCUGGGCAGAAGGAGUGACAAUCCUGAUAUCAGAAUGUUUGGCUACAAUGAUAACACAAUCAGGAUGCAGCGAGCAAUUUCAUGCCAGUCUGGGAAUACACGCGGUCGAAAAGAUAAGAACAGAGCAUGGGAUAACAUUUCUAAUGACCCUCUACCNCUGUCAUAG